UCCUCUCCUUCAUCUACCGGCUUGCACUGGGCUAUUUCUCCUGUAUGGUGGAUAUCCUGCUCAAUACUUCUUUCCUGGAUGAUAUGGGGGAUCAUUCAAAAAAGAAGUCGGGAAUCGCAAUGUGUGUGGGCUGUGGAAGUCAGAUACACGACCAGUACAUCCUGAGAGUCUCCCCGGACCUGGAAUGGCAUGCAGCCUGCCUCAAGUGUGCAGAGUGCAGCCAGUACCUGGACGAGACCUGCACUUGCUUCGUCCGAGAUGGAAAGACUUACUGUAAAAGAGAUUAUUCAAGGUUAUUUGGCAUCAAAUGUGCAAAGUGUAACAUGGGCUUCUGCAGCAGCGACCUGGUGAUGAGAGCUCGGGACAAUGUGUAUCACAUGGAGUGUUUUCGGUGCUCGGUUUGCAGCCGACACCUCCUGCCGGGGGACGAGUUCUCUCUGCGGGAAGACGAGCUGCUGUGUCGGGCGGAUCACGGCUUGCUAGCGGAGCGGGCCUCUGCAGGGAGCCCGCUCAGCCCGGGGAACAUCCACACCAGACAGCUGCACAUCUCAGAACCUGUUUCGGUCCGACAUCCUCCUCAUCACCGGAACCACGUCCACAAGUCCGAGAAGACCACUCGGAUCCGGACGGUGCUGAACGAGAAGCAGCUCCACACCCUGCGGACCUGCUACAACGCCAACCCGCGACCGGACGCCCUGAUGAAGGAGCAGCUGGUGGAGAUGACCAGCCUGAGCCCCAGGGUGAUCCGCGUCUGGUUUCAGAACAAGCGCUGCAAAGACAAGAAGAGGACCAUCCUGAUGAAGCAGCUUCAAUCGCAGCAUCACAGCGAAAAAACUAAUCUGCAGGGCAUGACAGGCACACCUCUGGUGGCGGGGAGUCCGAUCCGGCACGACAACACCGUGCAAGGGAAUCUUGUGGAGGUGCAAACCUACCAGCCACCGUGGAAAACCCUCAGCGACUUCGCCCUGCAGAGCGACCUGGACCAGCCUGCUUUCCAACAGCUGGUGUCUUUCUCUGAGUCGGGCUCCCUGGGCAACUCCUCGGGCAGCGAUGUGACCUCACUCUCGUCUCAGUUACCCGACACACCGAACAGCAUGGUGCCGAGUCCCGUCGACACGUGAAGAGGCCUCGAAGUCAGCUGGAGCCCCCGAGCGCGCACCCGCGCCCUCUGCAGGGGACGCGCAUAGACCUCAUUGACAUUCAAUCAAAGAAAAACGAAUUAAUGGACCGGAAUGGAUUAUGCUCGAGGAUACAUUCAGGUGCCGACUGGAGGAUUGGAGGUCUGACUAACCUUUUACAUUUAGGCAUUUCAGCUCAUUGUCUUUCUCAAGGAUUCUUCGGCAGGACUCACAGCUGUUGAUGGACUUUAAGGGCGUAUAUGGACCUUCUACCACUAUACCAGAACUGGCCAUAACGUGGUGAAUAUGUAACGGGAUUCAAACACUUUGUCCAGCAUUGGACGCCUGAAGGUUACAAUAUGUUUAUCAGGAACCAAACUGUGUAGAUCUGCAUGAUUUGAUUCAAUAUCGAUUCUUGUAAAUUAAGGAAACAGAUGAGAUACGCAUUGCUCGCGUUUUCGCCAGAAAAUAAGUUAUUAUUAUUUAUUAUGACCACAGACAUAGUCGAUUUUAUCAAUAAAACCAUACUUUUAACUGAUUAUUGCAUGCAAAAUUAUUCAAUUUGUUCUGUAAACCAUAAGAUCUUUUUAUAUAUAUAUUAUAUUCGGCAAAAGAAAAGUUUGAAGGUGAAUUGAAAAGCAAUUGCUGCUUAUAAUGCUCGACACUGAAGUGAUUAAGCUCCACUGUUUAGACUACAAUUCCACUUUUUAAGCUAUAAGACGGCUUAAAGCUCAUGUAAUAAAUGGUUCAAGAUAUACGUUUGGGCAAUCAGAAAUGAAAUCUAAAUGUUCAGUUGCCCACAUUUCUGGGUUCCGUUCUCUGUCGAAACCCUGAGGUAGCAGGCCCUGCUCUUAUUUAGGCCUGCUCAAUUUCUGGGACAAGUGGAUCAGUGACUGAUGGCUGACAAGAUAUUAUGAAGCAUUUGACCCAUGAGUCACAAGUCAUAAAUCACACACAAUGGGCUGAGCUCUGUGAUGUUCAGGUCCUCACGUGAUGUUCGUUCUUCUUCUGAAGAACCAAAGCCUUCUAAUAAUAGCCACAGCUUACAUUUAUAGCAGAUUUGGCAUAAUAUCUGGUUCCCGUCAUCGUGAUAAACCGAUCAAAUUGGUCUUAUUUAGACAAAUGUCCCAGUGCCAUACCAACCUGAGGCCCAUGGUUACACGUCUAGACAGAGGACAGGCAGCGGCGGCCGCUUAUCUGCAUCUGGCAUCACCUGCAAAGGAUACACUGAAUGGACCCAAAACAAAACGCGCAGCGCGCGGCGCGGAGGGGACUCCCAGCCCGAGGACGCAUCCUGGCGUGUCUUGAGUUUAUUUUCAUUCCUGUAGGAAUCCUGAACGGCAAAUAGCCGCUGGACAAGAGAGCAUGCAGGUCAAGCCGGGUCUGACACACUACACCUCAACAAUUUGUUGGGGAGGAUCGUCUUUUGUCAGUGAAGGAAGUGCAGUCUAUUUUAUAUUCAAAAUCCUGUUUAGUGUUUAGGACAUGCUGAUAUAGCCUGGAACAACUUUCCACUGAGUACAACAGUAGCAGCAAUACAUAUGAGGAAAGUGCUAAUUAGAAAGAUAUAGGGCUAAUAAUCACAAAUCAUUUAAAGAUAAGUACAGGUUAUCUGAAUUGGGAUAUGUUUUUAGUCUUAACACAUUUAACAGACGUUCAUCAUGAACACUGCCUUUCAUCUAAAACUGGACGAGCUGAUGAAUGUUCCAGCAGUUUCACACUUGCAAAAUGCAAAGGGGGAUUGUUUUAUUGUAAUUCCCAUCACAUCCCUUUAGCUUGUUUCUAAAUAUUGCCUGAACAUGCUGGUUGAUUGUCAUCUGCAGAACUAGGGGCCACAUUGACACUGCAGUGAUGAACCAUUUGGAAUAAAACAACAUUUUAGAUACGACAAUCAAUAUACUUCCAACUUGUUUUCUUUUUCAAGGUGUCCGUUUAUCAACUGGCAGCGUGAAAGUACAUUAAACACCAGUUUUUAUUUAUGUUUCUUUGAGUCAAUCAAAUGUGUUUCUCCAAAAUGCAUUUGUCCACAGACUAAAUUAGGACAUCUUCAUUAUUCAAGUUCAUGAGGGUGUAACCGACAGAAAUGCAAAAG